CAUUUUGAAGUAUCUAAGGUGUAUCCUACCUGGCUACAGACUUUGGAAUACUGGGUGACCUGACAGAGAUUUAGAGCAGCCGCGGUUUUCUCCUCACAAAGGUGGGUGUGAGGCCCAGCGACACCGCCCACGUGACCCACAUGGCACCCGCCGUGACCAGGUUCACGAUGCACUCGCAGGGUCGGAUGGCGGAGGCCGCUCUGAGGAGCCCGGCUCAGGGCAGUGUGCCGUUUGGUGACGUGGCUGUACACUUCUCCUUGGAGGAGUGGUGUCUCCUUGAAGAGGCUCAACAAUGCCUGUACCGUGAUGUGAUGCUGGAGAACUUGGCACUAAUUACCUCCCUAGGUUGUUGGCAUGGCAUGGAGAAUGAGGAGGCACAGUCUGAGCAGACUGUAUCUUUACAAGGAGCAUCCCAAGUUGGUACUUGCAAAGACAGUCUGUCUCCCCAAAAGGCUCACACCUGUGUGAUGUGUAGUUUGGUGUUGAGUGACAUUUUGCAUAUUACACAUCCCCAAGAGGGAACACAUCUCGGACAGAAAUUGUACAGAUGCAGGGUUUGCGGUAAACAGUUGUUCUAUCAGCAACUAAAGCAGCUCUUUGGAGAAAAAUUCUUCAGAAGCAAUGUGGACAGAGCCUUGUUUGUGAACAGCAGUGAAUCCCAUUUGACAGUGGAGCUCUCUUCCUGUAAGGAAGUUAGAAAGGGCUUCCUGGCCAACUCAGAGUUUCUCUAUCAAGGGGCCAUUUGCAUUGAGGAAAACUCAGACAGCAAAAGUAAUCAUGGGGCCAUCAAUCACUGUGGAAAAAUUCAUCAAAAUUUUGGAGAAUUCACAAAAGCAUUUGGUGACAAACACAGACUUGUUCAGUGUCAGAAAACCAACUCUAAAGAACAAAGUUAUGUGUGUGAUCAAUGUGGAAAAUCUUUUAACAAAAGCUAUAGUCUCAUUUAUCAUGGGAGACUUCACACUGGUGAAAAGCCUUAUAAGUGUGGGGAAUGUGGGAAAUCCUUUACACAGAGCUCUAGCCUCAUUCAGCACCAGAGUGUUCACACUGGAGUUCGACCUCAUGAGUGUGAGAAAUGUGGGAAAUUAUUUAGCCUCAAGUCCAACCUCAUUAAACAUUGGAGAGUUCACACUGGAGAGCGGCCUUAUGACUGCAGCAAAUGUGGGAAAACUUUUAGAGGAAGCUCUGCCCUCCUUCAGCACCAGAGUGUUCACACCGGAGAGAGGCCUUAUGAGUGCAGCGAAUGUGGGAAAUUCUUUACUUAUUAUUCAAGUCUUAUAAAGCACCAGAAAGUUCAUAGUGGAUCUAGGCCUUAUAAGUGCAGUGAAUGUGGGAAAUCCUUCACCCAAAACUCUAGCCUCAUUGAACACAAGAGAGUUCACACUGGAGAGCGGCCUUUCAAGUGCAGUGAAUGUGGGAAAUCUUUUAGUCAAAGUUCGGCGCUUCUGCAGCAUCGGAGAGUUCACACUGGAGAAAAACCUUAUGGAUGCAAUGAAUGUGGGAAAUCCUUUACCUACAUUUCAAGUCUUCAAAAGCACAAGAGUGUUCACACUGGCUCAAGGCCUUACGAAUGCAGUGAAUGUGAAUCUUUUAUUCAGAACUCUAGCCUCAUUAAACAUAAGAGAAUUCACACUGGGGAAAAUCCUCAUGAAUGCACUGAAUGUGGAAAAUGCUUUAGCCAUAGCUCUAGCCGCAUUAAACACUGUAAAAUUCAUAGUCCAUAAAGGCCUUAUGAAAGCUACCAGCUUUAUUACACAGGGGAAAAAAUUGCCCUAGAAAAGUUAUAAGAGCAGUGAUUGUGAGAAAGUUUAUCCAAAGGCCAUAUCUCAGUGAACACCACAAAUUUAAGAAGAAAAAAGGUACCUUUUAUUUUUAAAAAUGUGCUAUGACAAUUCUGGAGAGUUUAUUAUAAUUUCCAUCUGCUUGAAUAAAACCUUUUAAGUCUAACCAUAAA